UGGCAGUGUCUGUCGGACAAUGUCGCCAGCGCCUUCGUUCCCGCCACCAUGUCAGCCGCGAUUUUAGCCAAUUUGAGCGCCACCUCGGCUGCCGCUUAUCAGUAUCUGGGCCAGCAUUAUAAGCAUUAUAGCCAAUCGUUCAGCUUCUAUGCGGCAUCCAGUGUCAUACUGAUGCUUUGCUAUCUGACCACCACGUCCACGGCCGCUGCCACACAAUCGGAGACGGGUGCCAUUGACAAGCAUCCCAUUCAUGGCAUCGAUUGGUCGAAAUUCGAUGAAUCCAGUUCUGAUAAGGAGAUAUUAGAUUUAUUACUCGAGAAGAAACGCUAUGAUAAACGAUUACUGCCGCCUGUAAAUGGCACGCUGACAGUUAAUGUUAAUGUGUUGCUUUUGAGCUUAGCAUCGCCCGAUGAGAGCAGCUUGAAAUAUGAAGUGGAAUUUCUAUUGAAUCAGCAAUGGAACGAUCCACGCCUGCAAUAUGGCAAUAAGUCGCACUAUGAUUUCUUAAAUGCUUUGCACCAUCAUGACAGCAUCUGGACGCCCGACACGUACUUCAUUAUGCAUGGCGAUUUCAAGGAUCCCAUCAUACCAAUGCAUUUCGCUUUAAGAAUAUUUCGGAACGGGACCAUUACGUACGCAAUGAGACGACACUUGAUAUUGUCCUGUCAGGGCAGCCUGCACAUAUUUCCAUUCGAUGAUCCAAAGUGCUCGUUCUCAAUGGAAAGUAUUUCCUACGAGGAAGCACAAAUCAAGUACGUUUGGAAGAAUGAUGAGGAUACACUGCGCAAAAGUCCCUCGUUGACCACAUUGAAUGCGUAUUUGAUUAAGAAUCAAACGACGCCCUGUGAUCAAAACAGUUGGCGAGGUAAUUACAGUUGCCUACAGGUCGAGUUGACAUUUACCCGUGAUCGUGCGUAUUAUUUUACAACCGUUUUCAUACCUGGCAUAAUAUUGGUCACCUCGUCGUUUAUCACAUUUUGGCUGGAAUGGAAUGCAGUGCCAGCCCGGGUAAUGAUCGGUGUCACAACAAUGCUGAAUUUCUUCACUACCUCGAACGGUUUCCGCAGCACCCUGCCCGUCGUCUCCAAUCUAACGGCGAUGAAUGUGUGGGACGGCGUUUGUAUGUGCUUCAUUUAUGCCUCUUUGCUGGAGUUCGUUUGCGUCAAUUAUGUGGGCCGUAAGCGUCCGCUGCACAACGUCGUCUAUAGGCCCGGCGAAAAUCCCGUAACACAGGCAAGCGCCGUCGCCACUCCGGCCAUGGCCAAUACGCCGCUUUCCAUGGGCACGGCCGCAUCGACGGCAACGCCGGGCACACCUCGUCACGCGGCGGAGGAGGAGGAUCCCUUUGGCGGCGGCAUGCGGUGGCAGGAGGCGCACGGUGGCAUCAUUGGUGCGGCAGUGCAAAAUUUGCGGGCACGUUCGAUUAAACGUAAAAGCGGCCGCGAAGCCACAAGAAGCCCGUCAUCGACAUCCACAUCGCCAGGUGUGAAAUCUGCCCCAAUCCCUGCCGAGCAUAUCUAUGAGGAGCCAAUGGCAACGGCAACGGGAACUGUAGCUGCCACGCGUGUUAGGUUUAAGGAUGAACAAGAGGAUGUAAUCUCCACCAGCUCCUCCACGCUGCGUCGCUCCGUUGCCACCAGCACGCCAGCUCUGGCCGUGCGCAUCGAGCGCGACCAAGAGGCAGGCCAAGAGGAAGAAGAGGAGAAGCAUCAGCAGCAGCCACUGCAGUCUAUCGAAAUGGCCGAGCAUCAAUGUCAAUUGGCAUUGCCAUUAAAACCGCCACGCAGGAAAUCUUCGCGCUCCAAUUCGCCGAGCAAUGUAUACACGGCGGAUGAGGAGUCGAUGAUGACGACAACCAGAACAAGGGAAACUGGCGAGAAGCGACGCGACGCCGGCGCACCGAACGAGAUUGUGGCAUGCACCACAUGCGGCGGAAGCAACAGCCCGUGCACCCAUUCGGCCAACAACGGUUGCGCCACGGAGACCUGCUUCGUUCAAGUGCGCAAGAAAGAGCCACCGCAUCCGAUUCGUGUGGCAAAGACGAUCGAUGUCAUUGCUAGAAUAACAUUUCCAACUGCUUAUUCCAUAUUUCUGAUAUUCUUUUUUGUACACUAUAAAGGAUUUUCGUAAGAUUAAGCUAAAAGCAACCAACAAAUGCAAACCAAACACAACCAAAA